AUGAAUUAUUAUAAAAUGAAAAAAGAUUCGUCAGUAAAAAAAACAUUACUCCAAUAUUCACUUCCAAUAAAGAAUCCUUUUUUAAAAUUACAUCUUAUAAUUUUAUGUUUAGGAGUAGGUUUAGUAUUAUUAAAAUUCAAUACUGGACUUAAAACAAGUAACUUCAAUGUUCUAUGUAUAUUUCUAUCACUAAUAAUCUUGUUUGUGGUUUUGAAAAAUUUUCUGUUAAUAUUUACAACUGAAAAUUUUUUAUUUUUGUAUAAUACUUUACGUAUAAUCUUUAUAGUUUAG